CAUACACUAUAUUGCCAAGACUAUUGGGCCAGCCCUCCAAAUCAUUGGAUUCAAGUGUUACAAUCGCCUCCAUGGCCACCGGAGUACAAAAUCAAGCACCUAGGCAUGCAGACUGCUUCUACAUACAUUUGUGAAAGAAUGGGUCACUCUCAGGAGCUCAGUGAAUUCAAGCGUGGUACCGUGAUAGGUUGGCACCUGUGCAAUAAGUCCAUCCGUGACAUUUCCUUGCUAUUAAAUAUUCCACAGUCAACUGUUAGUGGUAUUAUAACAAAGUGGAAGCAACUGGGAACAACAGCAACUCAGCCACGAAAUGGUAGAUCACAUAAAAUGACAGAGCGGGGUCAGCGCAUGCUGAAGCACACAGUGCACAGAUGUCGCCAACUGUCUGCAGAGUCAAUAGCUAAAGACCUCCAAACUUCAUGUGGCCUUCAGAUUAGCACAACAACAGUGUGUAGAGAGCUUCAUGGAAUGGGUUUCCAUGGCUGAGACCAUGUAUCACCAAGUGCAAUGCAAAGCGUUGGAUGUAGUGGUGUAAAGCACGCCACCACUGGACUUUAGAGCGGUACUUGCCUGACUGCAUUGUGCCAAGUGGAAAGUUU